UAGCCUCUCAGCCUCGGCAGCUGCCUUUAGUAUGUGUCAUAUAGCGCUCGGUGUGACUGAGCAAGUCGAGCCGAGGUUGUAGAAGGAAAUGGACGAUAGUGGGUGUGUAAUGCUUAUAUUUAUGCGGUGAGUUGUAUGUAUCUCGAUGAUCAGUCGAAAGACAAGUCGAUUAGCAUCAUAUGAAUGAUGAGAUCCUAUCGGUAUUUCCAUGGUGCGUGAAUCUUAUGCUCGUCCACCCCGUUCUACGCCCCCGUUUUUUCUCCCCCUCGUCAUAUGUGUUUCGUGCGAGGUCCAUAAAAAGGAAGAGAUCCCGCUCUGCGAAAUCGAAUCUCGAGAACGAAAGAAAGAGAACACAGUCUUGUAAUACCAUCGCACAAUUAUACGCAGCGUGACGCAGCCUUUCGUACAUGUAAUGAAGAACUGAUGAAUUAUCACAAAACUGAAAGCGAAAGACGAUGGAUUCAGCCAAUAAGAAGCAGGCGGUCAACUCACCGGAAAUGGCGUUGGCCAGCGAGGUGUUCGAUCAGUUUUGCAAUGCCACUACAUUGAAGUCUAUCCUCGGCUAUUAUAGACAAUUGUGUGAAUUGCUAAAAGUUCGACCGAAUGUCAUUAAUCAGUUUUAUCCAAAAUUGAAGGCGAAGCUACGAUCAUGGAAGGCACAAGCGCUAUGGAAGAAGUUUGAUCAACGAGCCAAUCACAAAUGUUAUAAUCGUGGUAAAGCAUGUCCGAAUACAAGGGUUUUGAUUAUCGGCGGAGGCCCAUGUGGUUUGCGAACAGCUAUAGAGGCACAGUUGUUAGGAGCCAAAGUCGUGGUGAUAGAGAAAAGGGACCGGAUGUCUAGGAACAAUGUUUUGCAUUUGUGGCCAUUUGUUAUCCAGGACCUACGAGGUUUAGGAGCGAAAAAAUUCUUUGGAAAAUUUUGCGCAGGUUCCAUCGAUCAUAUUAGCAUUCGGCAAUUGCAAUGUAUUUUACUUAAGGUUGCUCUAAUUCUCGGCAUUGAAUUCCAUGAAAGUGUUAGUUUCGAUUCUUUGAUUCAACCACCGGACAAUCAAGAAGAUGGCAAGAUUGGUUGGAGAGCAAAAACAUUACCAGUGGAUCAUCCAGUCUCUCAAUACGAGUUUGAUGUGUUAAUCGGAGCUGAUGGUAAAAGAAAUACAUUGGAAGGUUUUAAACGAAAAGAAUUUCGAGGAAAAUUAGCCAUUGCAAUAACUGCGAAUUUCAUAAAUAAACGAACCGAAGCAGAGGCGCGAGUUGAAGAGAUUAGUGGUGUUGCCUUCAUCUUUAAUCAAAAAUUUUUUAAGGAAUUGUAUCAAGAAACGGGAAUUGAUUUGGAAAACAUCGUAUAUUAUAAAGAUGACACGCAUUAUUUCGUUAUGACUGCUAAGAAACAUAGUUUAAUCGACAAAGGAGUUAUUCUACAGGAUCAUGCUGACACUGCAAAACUUCUCGCAAAAGAAAACGUAGAUCGUGAAGCGUUAAUGUUGUAUGCGCGAGAAGCGGCGGAAUUCUCGACGGAAUAUCAAAUGAUGAACAUGGAAUUUGCGGUGAAUCAUUAUGGCAAACCGGACGUAGCCAUGUUCGAUUUCACUUCAAUGUACGCGGCAGAAAAUGCAAGUCGCAUAUUAAACCGUCAUGGACAUGGACUACUUAUGAUCCUUGUAGGCGAUAGUCUUUUAGAGCCAUUUUGGCCUACUGGUUCUGGUUGCGCGAGAGGAUUCUUGAGUUCUCUGGAUGCUGGUUGGGCAAUCAAGGGUUGGGGCGCUUCGUUUUCACCAUUGGAAGUAAUCGCCGAGCGCGAAUCAAUAUACAGGUUGUUGGGACAGACGACGCCGGAAAAUUUAAAUAGGGAUUACGCUGCAUAUACUCUCGAUCCUCAUACUAGGUAUCCAAAUCUUAAUGUACAUUCUGUGCUCCCGAUACAAGUGCGCAGUCUUCUUGAUACAGAUGAUCCUGAAAGUAUCAAACAAUCUACAGUACAGCCUGAGAUCGAUGCUCCAAAGAAACGAAGACGUCGCGAUCUGAGAGUAGAGACUCAAAUUCAUCCAGAUACAUUGCUCCGUUGGCUGCAAAAACAAGUUGCAUUGUAUGAUAAAGUUCACAUUGAAGAUAUGGGUAUCUCCUUCAAAGAUGGUUUAGCUAUUUGUGCAAUCAUUCAUAGAUACCGUCCAGAUCUAAUAAAUUUUUAUAGCUUAAACACGGAAGAUGUAGUGAAGAACAAUCAAGUCGCCUUCGAUAUAUUGGAAAAGGAAUUGAAUAUACCGCCGAUAAUGACAGGAGAAGAAAUGGCUCAGUGUGAUGUUCCUGACACACUUACCAUGUUUUCUUACUUAACACAAAUAUACGAAGCUUUCAAAGGAGAUAUUCCAUAUAUCAAGCAUCCAAAAUUAGAACCAGAAAUUGAGGAAUGCAGUACACAUCCAAAACAACUGAAACAAUUGACACCUGAGGAAAAGUCUACGAAAAGGCACUCGCGCUCGCGGUACUCUAAUGAAAAUGUACAAUCUUACAUGGAUAAGAAAGACAAUACAACUAGUCGGCGUUCUCGGAAGAGACGUAGCACCGAAAAAAUGAGUGCGACAAUGGAUGAGAGACAGAAAAGACUCGAUGAGAUCGAAAAGCAUCGAAUCGAACGCAUGAAGAGGCGGCAAUAUUUGCGCAAGAUGGCAACGCAACAAUUCUACAAAAGUAUGCAAAUGCUACAAGCCAAUGCAAAACACGAGAAAGACGGGCCAUUUGAGGAUUAUUCGAUUUUCUUAUACCGUCAAACUGCACCAGAUUUUAAGGACAGAGUAAAAGAUCUAGAACAGAAAAUACUCUACCCAGACAGACAACCUAAGAUACACAUCGGUUACGAAAGAGGUAAUGUGGACGAAGAAUUUUCGGGCAAAAUAAAAGAUUUUGAAGACAAAUUAAAAGGGACAACAUCCUCCGAGAAAAAACCCAGAGAUCUUUUACGCGCCAUCGGUAAGAUCGAAAAGACGGACUGGAACGUAAAAGAAAUCGAAAAAAAAAUCGAAGAGAACAAGAUGGGCCGCGGCAUUCGUCAUGAUCGUGUAGAGAGAGUACCGAAGUGGAGUCGCGAGCAGAUGUGUAUAUGUUUCAUUCAGUUUUUAGCUCGGCAGAUCAAGAUGGAGAAGCGGGGCAACGAUCAAAGGGACACCUACAGUAAGUACGCUGACAUAGACAAUACCCUGAAGAAUAUAGGCAAGAAGAUCCGAGAGGGUAGCGCGCUCGGACACAAUAAAGUUUCAGCCAUGGCUGAGCAAUUUUCGAAUAAAAAUCAGGAUACGGAACCCAAACUACAGAAAUCGAAUACUAAAUCCACCAUCGUGCUACCAGUGCAAGGAAGUUCGGAGAUGUGCCACUUUUGCAAUAAAAGGGUUUAUUUAAUGGAAAGACUUAGUGCGGAAGGCAAAUUCUUUCAUCGUGGUUGUUUUCGAUGCGAAUAUUGCUCUACCUCAUUAAGAAUAGGAAAUCAUACGUUUGAUCGAGAAAAAAAUGGAGGCCGUUUUUAUUGUACUCAACACUUUGGAUUAUCUGGAACGAUGAAGACUAGAGCAGAAAAGAAGAGAAUCAAUUUAGUGAAUAAGGAAAAUGUACCUAAUGCUGGAAUUACUUUGAAAACACCAGAAAAGGCUAAAAUACCAUUGGAAGGCAUUGUUGGACUCGACCUCCUCGAUCGUGGUCAAACUCCAGAGAGAAUUGAAUUUGAAAAUCUAGCAGAAAUGUCAGAUCCUGAGGAAGCUCAUAGUCAAAUGGAUGAGGAUGAAUGGACAGACAGAAAUUUUGGUGUUUCUACUGCAGAAAUGGGAUCUAGUGAUGAUAUUUCUGAUAUGAGUGAUUCUGAUGAAGAUGAUGAAAUAUUUGAGGAAGCUAUAGAUCAGCCACUAACAACUGAAGGAACUCUCGAGUUAGCUAAGAAUUGGACAUUGCGCUAUUCUCAUCCAUAUACUACAAUCGGCCAGUCGGAUACUGGCAGCAACGAAUAUGAAGAUUCUAGUGACGAAUACACUAGCGAAGAUGAUGAAAGUGGAACUGCGACCGAAGACGAAGAGGACAUACGCGCUCGAGAACUCCGAAAGCAAGAGGUAUGGCUGAAGGUACCACCACGCAGCUCCGAUACUGAUACUGGCUCUGAAACAGAGGUUGCUUCUUCGGAGGACGCAUCGACUGAAGAAAGCGCAGAAAAUUCUGCAACAGAGAUCUCGACUGAUUCAGAAUUCGAACACGAUGAGGCAACUCCGACACAGCACGAGAUUCCUGAGAUCACUAUCAAUGAUUCGUACGUGCGGAAAACAAGAGGUACUUACGUCGAGCCGAAGAAAGUGCAGAUCAAGAGCAAGAUGAUCUCUUCGAUCAAUAGCAACCUAAAGCAGGACAAGAAGCAACAAGAUAUCAGCAACGAGCAGCUCAUGAAGGACAAUCAAGUUAAAUACGAGCCGAGUAAGGAGGUGAACUGCAACGUGUCGACUGCUGUCGACACGAAUAUCCGAACACCAUUGCUGAACCCACGAAAGGGGGAUUAUCUUUUGAAUCGCACUCAUUCCACCGGAGGAAUCGCCUCGAGACUCUCUUUAGAGUUGAAAAAACGUUAUUUACUGGGUGGAUCGGUUUUGAGUGGUUCCGUUGUAAAAUCAGGCUCGACGUCGAAUGUGGAUACGAAGCUGAGAAACUUCACUGAUGCGAUCUCCCAGCAUCAAAAGCUGUUAAAUCCGGCGCCGGAACCCAGUCCUACCAUGCAAGCAUUUCUCCAAGGUACUAGUAAGCUGCGAGCCAACAAUGCGCCGCUUUCUCCAUUAUCACCGACAAUUUUAUUUUCACGACAAUUUUCAACUGAUCGCUGCCGAAAUUUAUCAAACGAUAUUGCAUACAAGCCGACAACUCCGACAGAAAAUCCGUCCAAAGCACAGCAAUUACCUGAUUUAGUGAAGGAAUCCAGUAUUUUAAAAUCAAAGACAGCACCCAACAUCUGCGGGGAGUCUUCGAUAAAGGACAAAGAGUUAAUCGAUAAAUCAGGCUUUCUACAUCAAACUAAUAAUUCGACCAAGGAUUCCGUAGAAGACAUGAAAAAUUCGCAGAAUACAGAGAAAUUAUUUCUAAGCAGCACAGAAGAAAGUAAUGGUUUCCGGCCACGUAGUCCCCUUCACGAGACGUCCAUUGUUGUCCCACAAGUAGAUUGGAACAAGAAGAAGAACGAGGCUAAAGAUGCCAGCUCAGGCGAUUCUGAGAUAGACAGCGAUUCUUUAUCCUCUUCUGAUUCCAACGAGGCGGUUGAGAACGACGAAUUUGUCGCUAUAAAUCUCUCGCCACCCAGAUUACAGAUUCACAGUACUGAUGGUGAUCUUCUGCUGGACGAGAGAGUCGAUCGAUACAAAUCGAUCGAUUACGAUCCCGACGAUGGUCAGACCUUCGAGCCGGAUUCCAUCGAGGUCUCCUUCCUCCAGGAUCGCCGAUUAAUCGAUUCAUCGAAUAUCGACUCGUCCAUAGACAAUGCACGCCCCAUUGAGAUCCUAAACAAUAAUAUGGAACAAUUGGACCUGCGGGACAGUAAAAAGGACUGCAGCAGCUCCUCCGAAGUUUCGGCGAUGUCCAACAAGCAGGAUGAUUCCGAAGAGAACGAUAUUACCACCGCGGCAUUUACCGAGACAGAAUUCUCGGAAUGGGCUCGAGAUGGGGAAGCUUUGGUCUCUGACGAUCUUCGCGACGUGGAACUCGACAUUGAUCCUAAUUUUAUCACCAUACGAAGAAAUAACGCAAGGUUGACUUCCACGCCUGUGAAAAUCUCAAAAGAGGAGGACACAGAACUCAAAUACCCGAACAAUAGUACAUCGAAGUUAUUGGUGAACGGCGAGGAUAUUAAUUACAUGGACACGGACAACGAAUCACUGCUGGAUGACAGUCUCCAGGACGCUUCCAAUAUCGCAAUGUUGAGAAAUCGAGGCUACAUCGAGUUCGUAAACGUUAAGACAAUUCUUCCUGAUGUCCCAUCGUGCAAUUUAUCGAUCGCUGAUGCCCCAAUAGCAAAGUUGGACCUGGAAAACGAUUCCUACAGCGAAGAGGAAGAGGGCUUCAAGGAUGCCAAUGUGAUUGAGAUUGAUCCUAUUACUAUGGAGGAUGUGAUCAACAAGCUGAACGAGCCUGUCGUGAAUAAAUCAUCAGGAAGAUCAGAAAUUCAAGCAACUGAGGAACAAGGUGAAGAGAGGUUUGAGAAGAACACAACGCAGGAGCCAUUGGUGGAAGCUAUUAACAAGGAAUUAUUUCAAUCGAUGGAGGAAGACAGUUUAUUAAUAAUGGAGCAGGCAGAAGACACAACGACCAGCGAAGUAGUUACUAUACUCGCCAGUCCGGUUAAUCCUCAGAUAUCUAUAGUUCCUCUAGAAGUGACGGAAAAGCGCGACGAGCCAGCUAAAGCGGAUUCCAAUAAUCCAGACUACUUAGAAUACGUAAAAAGGCUGCAGUUUCGAAUCGCGGAAUUUAGCAACGCGAAAGAUUCUAUCGAUGUGAGAAAAUCGAAGAGGAAAAAUUCGAAGAGCCUGGCACAAACUGCGGAAAUAAUUACCGAAGAGAUCAAGUGUCAGGAAACAACAGCAAACAAUAGUAGUAUUAAUUCACCGGCGACCUCGAGAAAGCUUGAAGAAAUCACCAGAGAGCGAUCGAAGCAGAAGAAUGUCAUUCAGGACCUCCUGAUGGAUAAGGUCGAGGCUCACAAGCAAAAGUCAGCCGAAAAGAAGGCUCGAAGAGCCGCCAGAGCCUCAUCCUUUACCACAAUGCUGUCGCCAAUGAAACAGGAUCUAUCGUCUAACGUUUCUUCCAUCGGUAACAAGUUUGUGCCUGCUUCUAUAACAUCAACAAACAGUCCACCUGGCACUUCCGACGAGGCAAAUAAAUUACUGGAGUCCUCACGCUCUCAUGAGCAAUGUGAUCGAGUAGAAACCAAAGAACAAAGUCCAAAGAGGACCGAUCAGUUGAACGAAUCGCGAAUGGCAGACAAGAGACCGACUAGUCUGGAAGAUAUCUUCAAGACGCCAAUCGCCCCACCAAGAUAUAAGAGCGAGGAAGCGAGGAAAACAGCUGAGAAGGCCAGGCAAGAUGCCAGAGAACGAGCCAGGAUGAAGAGCGAUGAGGAUCUAGGUUUAAGUCCCGAAGAUAGGAUCAAGGAAUUGAGAAUGAAGAUUACUCGCAGGCAACUUUCGAUGGAUGAUGCGAGAAGUGAUGAUACGUCAGAAGUUGAGAGAGCCAAGUCCUCCUAUUUCAGCCCCACAGAUCAUUCUAAGUUGAAAUUGCAAACCAGUAAAAGUACUGACAAUAUGAAGAAUAUCGCGAAAAGGAUAAAUUUUCAGAAAUUGCCGGCUGCCAGCGCGAAAUCAAUGGACGAAUUGUUGAACACCGCAGGUUUAUCGUGUUCAGAUAAUAGUGCAAUGAUUAAGAGAGAUAAAAAGAAAGUGAAAGAUUCAGAGAGAAGGAAAAGCAUUAUACAAGCAGUAUCAGAUUUUUUCUUCAAGAAGGAAACCACUCCAUCACCUACCCAGAAAGACAAGCUGUCAAUGUUUCGACUCACUUCGAAAUCAAAAGGAAAGUUCGACAAAAUGGUCUCGUCAAAAUCUGAUACAAGACCUAAAAGCAUGUGUGAAGACAUACUUGUACGAAAUUUUGUCACUGAAAAUUCACCACCCGUGCCACCACCACCACUUAAUUACUCUGUCUCUACCAGUCAAGUAUCAGAAAUUGCAGAUAACAGUUUGUCGGAUGACGAUACAAAAACGGCUGCUUUGUCGACAUCGUGUACACAAAAAGUUACUGUAACUGAAGAAUCGUGCAAUAGCGUUCCACGCAAAUCAAAGUCUGCUAAAAAAGUAGCUAGACAAGCCCAAUUAAAGAGAUUACGUAUGGCUCAAGAAAUACAGAGAAAAUUAGAGGAAACUGAAGUGAAACAGAAAGAAUUGGAAAGUCGAGGUGUAAGUGUCGAGAAAGCACUACGUGGUGAAGGAGAUUGUUCCAAUCAUGAAGAAGCUGAUUUACUUAGAGAAUGGUUUGAUCUGAUGAAGGAACGCACAGAACUGCGUAGAUAUGAAAAAGAGCUUCUAGUACGCGCACAAGAAGUUCAAUUAGAAGAUCGUCAUGAACGAUUGCAACAAGAAUUGCGUGAACGUUUGGCUAAUGAUGAUGAUAAGAAGACUAGUGAUGAUGUUAAAAAAGAAGGAGAAAUCUUGACGGAGAUGUUGGAAAUAGUAGCAAAGAGGGAUUCCUUAAUCUCUUUGUUAGAAGAAGAACGACAAAGAUAUCAGAAUGAAGACCGUGACCUCGAAGCUCAAAUGCUAGCUAAAGGCCUGAGAUUAACGCCAAUAAAGAAAUGUGGUUCUAAAUAUUCAGUCUAAAAUGUCGGAGUUACGCUUCUGUAUAUAUAUAUAUAUAUUUCUGCUACAAUUUUUUUAUUGUAACACUAGAGAAAAGUAUAUAAAUAUCUAUAAGAAUUGUAAAUAAUUUAAGCUAUUAUCACGUGCGACAUGGAAUUUGAAGAUAGAGGAUUCAUAUAUGCCUAGAACUCUUCUGCCUGUUUUCGAUAUAUUCAUUAUAUGUAAUAAACGUAUCUUUUUUACACAAAUAUAACUGUUUAUUUUUGACGCAAAAAAUAACUAA